AUGUCGAGUGAAAAGGAACUAGAAGACGUUAAACAAGCUGUGUCCCCAGAAAUUGAUAAACAUGAAGAAGACAAGUUGGUGAGAAAGUUGGAUUUCUACCUUAUGCCUAUUUUUUGCUUGAUUUAUUUCUUGUCCUUUUUGGAUCGUUCAAAUAUUGGGAAUGCCAGAGUUGUUGGUUUACAAGAACAGUUGGGUUUCACUGAUUCACAAUAUUCCACAGCUGUCUCCAUCUUCUAUGCUACAUAUGUUACUGUCGAAUUGCCUGGUACUUUGGCUGUUAAAAAAAUUGGUCCUCAUCGUUAUUUAACUUUUGCGCUGGUCGCUUGGAGUUUGAUUACAAUCUUUACAUGUUUUGUUAGAAGUUAUGGUUCAUUAUUAGCAACUAGAUUGUUAUUAGGUUUAUUUGAAGGUUCUGUUUUCCCUUCGCAAUCUUUAUACAUCACAAUGACUUACAAAAGAAAUGAACAAACUAAAAGAGUCGGGUACUUGUACAUUUGUUCAUGUCUUUCUGGUGCUUUUGGCGGGUUAAUCGCAACAGGUAUUACAAAGAUCAAACCAGUUGGAUCUUUCCAAAGUUGGAGUUGGCUAUAUGUUAUUGAAGGUUGUAUUUCUUUAUUAGCCGCUGUUUGGGUUUGGUUUGGUUUACCUGAUGAUCCAAAGAAAGCUAGAUUCUUGAACGAACGUGAGCAACAUUUGAUGAGUAUCAGAGCUGAGCAAACUAGACGUUAUCAAGGUAAACAAGAAUUUGAAAUGAAAGAAGUUUAUGCUGCUUGGAAAGAUCCAAAAGUUUGGUUAUCUUGUUGUAUUCAAUUUUGUUGUGAUAUUGUUCUUUAUGGAUUCUCCACUUUCUUGCCAUCAAUCUUGAAGUUACAACUAGGUUACAACUCAAUGGAAGCCCAAUAUCUAUCAGUUCCUUGUUAUGUGAUGGCUGCUAUUGGUGUCGCUGUAAUUUCUUAUUGCAGUGAUCAUUUUGGCCACAAGCAUUAUUUACUUGUUGGUGGGAAUAUGUUUGCCAUGAUUGGUUAUAUUAUUCUAUUAUCUACAACGAAAGGUGGUGCUUGUUAUUUCGCAACAUAUUUGAUCGCUAUAACUUUGUAUGGAUCUGUUGGUGUCAAUUUAACUUGGAUGAAUAUCAAUAUGGCACCUCAUUAUCGUCGUGCUGCUGCCCUUGGUACUAAUCAAAUGUUGGGUAACGUGGCAGGUGCAAUUGCGGGCCAAAUCUAUAGAAAGUCACCAUACAAAUUAGGUAAUGGUUUUUCAUUAGGUUGUGUUGUUGUUGGCUCUCUUUUAGCCACCGUCUUGAGAUUCCACUUACAAAGAGAAAACAAAAUAAAAGAACAAAUCUUGAGUGGUGAAAGAGAAGAUCAUCUUAAAGAAAGAACUGGUGAUAAAGAUUUGGAGUAUAAAUAUGUUUAUUGA